CGCAGUUUAUGUUAUUAUACGGAAACAAUAACAAUAACAAUACAAUUAUUAUUAUUUUAAUAUACAAUUAUAUUGUCACAAUAUUACUUUCGCGUUCGAACGGGAUUUUGGCGUCUAUUAGCUGCAGCCGGUUGUAGCCUAACCUAUACAUCGUAUCGUUUCGUGCCGGUGUUCGUCGGCGAAAAUGUCUGUCAUCGACGCGACUGCACCUCCCGCUGCGUCCACAACCAUCACCCAAGAAGACGGUAACGGCCAUUCCGAUCGACGACGACGACAACAACAACAACAACAACAACAACAACAACAGCACUACGACCACGGAUCGGCGACGUCGGUCGGCGCUGGAGGAGUGACGUUUGACGACUUGGACGACACGGACGACACGGACGCGGCCGUAUCCAUCGUCGUCGACGGUGCCACUGAUCGGACGCCACUGCUGACUCGGAGGGUUACGUACCGUGACGAAGAGGGAAGCUGCAACGACCGCGGCGUGGACAGAGUCGUCGUCGACGGGUUAGGCGAAAGUUCCAAGUACGGGUCCGUUAAUGAAGACGUCGUGUUCAUGAGCACGACACCGACGAUGACCGGAGCUUUUGUGCGCCAACCGUCAAACGGUUCUGGUAAAUUAGUGUACUGCAUACAUGGCAAACCGUCCGGCUGUUGCGCCAUUCUACAGGUGUCGACCGAGGACAGCAAUUCCAACCACGAAAUCCCCGACCCGGUAGACGCAAAACCGCCCAUCACAAUCUUCAAUGAACAUUGUCAUCCGAACCGAGAGAGUACGUCGAGCAGUCAGAAGGCCAGGCGAAAACUCAUAUUUGCCAGCAUACUAUGUCUCCUGUUCAUGAUCGGAGAGGGAGUCGGAGGGUAUUUGUCGAGCAGUUUGGCGAUCGCGACGGAUGCGUCACAUCUCCUCACGGACUUCGCCAGCUUCAUGAUAUCGCUGUGCGCCAUUUGGGUGGCCUCGAGGCCGGCCACGCAGUCGAUGCCGUUCGGAUGGUACAGGGCCGAAGUGUUGGGCGCCCUCACGUCUGUUCUCCUCAUCUGGGUGGUCACCGGCGUGCUGUUGUACUUGGCCGUCGAACGCCUCAGAGACAUGACAUACACCAUCGACGCCGACAUUAUGCUCAUCACGUCCGCCGUCGGACUGUGCGUCAACUUGGUAAUGGGUUUGACGCUUCACCAGCACUCGCACUCUCACGGUGGCGGCAGUAUCGAGUCGCACAGCCACGACGAGGCGACCGGCCGGAGCACUUCCAACAUCAAUGUUAGGGCCGCCUAUAUACAUGUCCUCGGAGACAUUAUUCAGAGCCUUGGCGUGUUGAUUGCCGCCGUUAUCGUUUACUUUAGACCUGAUUGGAAAAUCGUGGAUCCAAUAUGUACGUUCUUGUUUUCAUUAUUAGUGUUGGUCACAACGUUCAACAUACUCCGGGAUACCAUGAUAGUGUUGAUGGAAGGCAUGCCGAAAGGAGUGAAUUUCUCAGAUGUCCUGGAGACAUUCAUGAGCAUCGACGGCGUGGUUAGGGUGCACAAUCUCAGGGUGUGGGCUCUGAGUCCAGACAAAAUUGCUUUGGCCGCUCAUCUGGCAGUCAGGCCCGGCGCGAACACUACUACAGUACUAAAAGAAGCUUCGCGCAGGAUGUACAAAAAGUACAAUUUCUUCGAUUGUACGCUACAAAUCGAAGAGUUCGAAACUCAGAUGGAGAACUGCAAACAAUGUCAGCCACCCAUUUGCUGAUUAAACGGUUGCCCAUCCACAACUGGAUCCCUCACACCCUCCCUCCACCAACCAAAAAUCUUCGCCUUACGUGUUUAUUAUAAUUUCCUAUUAUAAUAUUAUUAUUGUUUAUUACACUGUGUAUAUAAAACAUAUAUUUUAACCAUCGUGUCUCUACCGUGAGAAUACUAAAUACCUAUACGUAUUUAUCACCCAUAUAUAUAUGAUAUAUUAUUACAUUGUUAUACAUAUUUUUAUCUGGUUAUGUGUAUGUAUAUUAUAUAUAAAUCAUAUGACGUAUACGAUUAGUAUAGAUCAUAAACCGUAGUAAAUGUUGGUUAUUUUUAAACGAUAAUUUUUAUUUAGUUAGUGUUUAUAAUCAAUAGUAAUACUAUACAAAAUUAUGAUUGAAAUUUAUAAUUUUAGACAAAUUCAAUGUUUUGGUUGUAUACUUAACUUUUAUUAUAAAUUUGCGACUUGUAAAUUCGUCGAACAAUGCUAUAAUGAAUAUAUUUAUCAGAACUAAUUGUCAAGUUCAAAAAUCUAGUAAAAUAUAAUUUAUAAGCAAAUCCAUAUCUUUUUAAUAAUAAUUAAAAUAAUAGAAUUUAAAAAAUUGUUUAUUUCAUAAUACCUACCUAUUAUGUUAAGUUAUUUUUUUUUAAUCUUAAAUAAUAUUAUAUCUAUAUUAAAUAGAUUUAAAUUAAAAAAAUCUAAUACAUUAAUGUGAAUAAUUUAUCCUCGUGUCAUGAACCUAUUUAGUAGCCAGUAAGUACCUAAAUACAUUUUAAAUUCGCUCGUUUUAUUCUUAAAGUUUCAUAUUAUGAUAAAUAUAUAAAUUGACCUUACAAAAUCAUUGGGUAUUAAAAUGCACUGAAAAAUAGAUUAAUCCUUAAAUUUAUACCAACAAAUUUGUUUAUUUCUACCCUAGUGCAUGUACAAAUUAAUUAAAUAAAUAUUCGAUUUGUAUUAAUAAUUUAAAGAAAAUAAUACUGUAUUGUAUUAAAUAUAUUAUAUUUUAAACUAUUUAUAAUGAUACAUAUUACUCACUAAUAAUUUAAUAUAAAAAAAUUCACUGUGUUCAAUAAUAAAAUUAGUACUGUAUUAUUGUAAUAUAUAAAUAUAAAUUAUAAAACAAACAA